AUGCCGCGACCCAAAGUUGGUGCGCAGCCGCCACCGCCGCCCAAAGCCAAGCCGAAGGCCAUCAAGUGGUCCGAGAGGCAACAGGCAGAGCGACGCUUGCAGAGACUCCUGAGUUUCCAAAUUGUCCAGAAGUGGCGGGGUGAUGCGUCCAGCGCCUGCUUGGGCAAGCUGGAUUGGAGCGCCAUUGAGUCCGUUGUUUACAUCGCUGGAGGCAGUGGCGGUGUCAUGCUUGCACGAUUCAAUGGGCCACCUGGGCCACCGCGCCUGUGCUGCUUGAAGCCUCAAAGGAUGGAGGCUGCCGGAGAGUUGUGCGCAAGCAUUUUGGCCAAUGCUCUACAAGUGCGGACAGCUCCACUACAAGUGGUGCCGAUGUCAUCUGACACAGAGCAGGCCAUAAGAGAAGCUCAGCUGGCCAUUGAUGACCAUCGUGUGUAUCUGGACAGGCUACUCGCCGGUGCCAAGCACUUGGGUGUCGUGGAAUUUGUGCACGGGCCCAUGAUGGAAGGGCAGGAAUUCGUGCAAUUUUUUGAGGAAGGUUCUGGGAGAUUGGAUCGUUUCUGGUUUGAAGCUGGCAUCCUGGUGGCGUUUGAUUGCUUGAUCAACAACUUGGACCGGCUGCCCAUCAUCUGGGACAACGCUGGCAAUCUGAAGAAUCUCAUGGUGGAACCUGAUUCCGGAGGACUGAAAGUUGUUGGCAUUGAUCAAGCUGUACGUGGCAUAAGCGCAGCAAGCGGGCUCGAGCGCUAUGUGGAGCAGCUGCGUCAGCUAUUGCAGGUCGUGCUGGGCUCUGAUACAGACUGGCUCGAGAGCCCUUUCCUACUCCGGGUGCAGAGGGCGAUGCAGGCGAACUUUCAGGACAAGUUCACAGUCCAUGCUCCCGCAUUGAAACUGGGCUUGCGACAGGCUUUCCGACAAUUUGCAUGGCGCUGGUGCAGCGGAGCCCUUGGACAAUCUUUGGAUGAAGCACUGAACCAGGUGAUGGCCACGUUCGGGGGCAGUGCGGCCCAGGUGGGGCCACUGCGGCAGCUGGUUGAAGUGGCCGCAGCCACUAUCGCAGAAGAGGUGGAGAAGAUUGAGCUUGGCAUGAUGCCUGGCCCUGUCCUGAAAAUUUUUCGAAAGCUCAUCCCUUCCGGUCAGCUGACCUGGGACGAGUUAGUUCGACUACUCCACCUCUUGGAUCCACAGCUGGAGGGAGACCAGGUGAAGAAGUUCCUCUCAAAUGCAUUCUCCGAGCCUGAGGUGCUUGUUGAUUGCUCGGAGUUUCUUCUCCUGAUCUGGGAGGGGCGGCCCACCGUAUGCCAAGCGAGCACCACCAUGUGA